CCCGGCCCGGGGCUCUAGCGCUGGGCGAACAUGGCGGCUGCGGUCGGGCGGGACACCCUACCUGAGCACUGGUCGUACGGCGUCUGUCGGGACGGCCGUGUCUUCUUUAUCAAUGACCAGCUCGGCUGCACGACCUGGCUGCACCCGCGAACCGGCGAGCCGGUCAACUCGGGUCACAUGAUCCGCUCAGACUUGCCGCGCGGCUGGGAGGAGGGCUUCACGGAGGAGGGCGCCAGCUUCUUUAUCGACCACAACCAGCAGACCACAACCUUCAGGCAUCCUAUGACUGGACAGUUUUCUCCAGAAAACAGUGAAUUCAUUCUUCAGGAGGAGCCACACCCACAUAUGUCGAAGCAAGAGAGAAACCAAAGACCGUCCAGCAUGGUCAGUGAGACGUCCACGGCUGGGACCACAUCCACCCUGGAAGCCAAGCCGGGACCCAAGAUCCUCAAGUCCAGCGGCAAAGUGCACAGCUUUGGGAAGAGAGACCAGGCCAUUCGGAGGAACCUCAAUGUCCCGGUGGUGGUGAGGGGCUGGCUGCACAAGCAGGACAGCUCCGGGAUGAGGCUGUGGAAAAGACGGUGGUUCGUGCUCGCUGAUUACUGUUUGUUUUAUUAUAAAGACAGCCGAGAAGAAGCAGUUCUCGGAAGCAUCCCUCUGCCCAGCUAUGUCAUCUCCCCUGUGGCCCCCGAGGAUCGCAUCAGCCGCAAGUAUUCCUUUAAGGCUGUGCAUACGGGCAUGAGGGCGCUCAUCUACAGUACCGCCGCAGCGGGCUCCCAGGCUGAGCACUCGGGCAUGAGGACCUACUUCUUCAGUGCUGACACCCUGGAGGACAUGAACGCCUGGGUCAGGGCCAUGAACCAGGCCGCGCAGGUGCUGUCUCGAUCGUCACUCAAGAGGGACAUGGACAAGGUGGAGCGGCAAGCCAUGCCACAGGCCAACCAUACGGAAGCUUGUCAAGAAUGUGGCCAUGUGGGACCUGGUCACUCGAGAGACUGUCCUCAGAGAGGCUAUGAAGACUCCUUUGGCUUCGACAGGAGGGAGCCGGAGGAUGAGCGCUUCCAUUCUCAAAGGGACCCACUGGAGGGCAGGCGGGACAGGAACAAGGCCAGGUCCCCAUACUUGCCAGCUGAGGAAGAUGCCUUGUUUGUGGAUCUAUCCGGUGGACCCCGAGGCCAGCAAGCACAGCCACAGCGGGCUGAGAGGAAUGGCAUCCCACCUAUCUCUUAUGGCCCAGGAGAACAAAAUGGUACCAGUGGGUACCAACGUGCUGCUCCUCCCAGAACCAACCCAGAGAAACACAGCCAAAGGAAGACCAACCUGGCCCAGACAGAGCACUGGGCAAAGACCCAGAAGGGGGACGGCAGGAGCUUGCCCUUAGACCAGACACUUCCUCGCCAGGGUCCCAGUCAGCCCCUGUCCUUCCCGGAAAACUACCAGACUCUUCCCAAAAACACUAGACAUCCUUCUGGGAGCUCUUCACCCCCUCCCCGGAACCUGCCCAGUGACUACAAGUAUGCACAGGACCGAGCAAGCCAUCUGAAAAUGUCCAGCGAGGAGCGCCGGGCACACAGGGAUGGUACCGUGUGGCAGCUCUACGAGUGGCAGCAGAGGCAGCAGUUCCGGCAUGGCAGCCCCACUGCGCCCAUAGGAGCUGGCUCCCCGGAGUUCACUGAGCAGGGCCGCAGCCGGAGCCUGCUAGAGGUGCCCCGCUCCAUCUCUGUGCCUCCAUCUCCUUCUGACAUCCCUCCUCUAGGGCCUCCCAAGCCCUUACCACCCCGGCGGCCACAUACACCAGCAGAAAGGGUCACGGUGAAGCCAUCUGAGCAGAGGAGGAGUGUGGACAUCUCUCUGGGAGGGUCUCCCAGGAAGGCACGGGGUCAUGCUCUUAAGAACUCCUCUCAUGUGGACCGGCGUUCCAUGCCGUCCAUGGGCUACAUGACCCACACAGUCAGCGCUCCCAGCUUACACGGAAAAUCGGCUGAUGAUACCUACCUCCAGCUGAAGAAGGACCUGGAGUACCUGGAUCUAAAGAUGACAGGCCGAGAUCUUCUUAAGGAUCGAAGUCUGAAGCCGGUGAAGAUUGCUGAGAGUGACAUUGAUGUCAAGUUGAGUGUUUUCUGUGAACAAGACAGGAUCCUCCAGGACUUGGAAGACAAGAUCCGAGCUCUCAAGGAGAAUAAAGACCAGCUAGAGUCCGUGCUGGAGGUGCUGCACAGGCAGACAGAGCAAUACCGAGACCAACCACAGCACCUGGAAAAGAUCACGUGCCAGCAGAGACUCCUCCAGGAGGACCUCGUCCACAUCCGGGCAGAGCUCUGCAGAGAGUCCACGGAGAUGGAAAAUGCCUGGAAUGAGUACCUGAAGUUGGAGAGGGAUGUGGAACAGCUGAAGCAGACCCUGCAGGAACAACACAGGAGAACCUUUUUCUUCCAGGAGAAGUCUCAGAUACAGAAGGAUCUGUGGAGGAUUGAGGAUGUCAUGGCAGGCUUGAGUGCGAAUAAAGAGAACUACAGAGUCCUGGUGGGGUCUGUCAAAAAUCCAGAAAGGAAAACGGUGCCUUUGUUCCCUCACCCGUCUGUGCCUUCACUCUCUCCAACUGAGAGCAAGCCAGCCCUGCAGCCCAGUCCUCCCAUCAGCCCUGUGCGGACACCUCUGGAGGUCCGACUUUUCCCGCAGCUGCAGACCUACGUGCCAUACCGACCUCACCCGCCCCAGCUGAGGAAAGUGAUGUCCCCUCUUCAGUCACCAACCAAGGCGAAGCCUCAGGUGGAAGACGAGGCACCCCCCAGGCCACCACUUCCUGAACUCUACAGCCCAGAGGACCAGCCCCCAGCUGUGCCACCUCUGCCUAAGGAAGCCACCGUCAUACGGCACACAUCUGUGCGGGGCCUCAAGCGACAGUCUGACGAAAGAAAAAGGGACCGGGAGCAGGGCCAGUGUGUGAACGGCGACUCGAAGGUGGAGCUCCGGUCCUAUGUGAGCGAGCCAGAGCUGGCCAGCCUCAGUGGGGACAUGCCUCCGCCCUCCCUGGGCCUCGUGGGCUCUGAGAGCAGGUACCAGACACUGCCAGGCAGAGGGCUCUCAGGCUCCACAUCCAGGCUCCAGCAGUCAUCCACCAUUGCUCCCUACGUCACUCUCCGGAGGGGUCCGAAUGCCGGCAGCAGUAUGACCUUCUCUAGACCCAAGAGUGCCUUGGAGCGCCUGUACUCAGGGGACCACCAGCGGGGCAAGAUGAGCGCGGAGGAACAGCUGGAGCGGAUGAAGCGACACCAGAAGGCCUUGGUCCGGGAGCGCAAGAGGACCCUGAGCCAAGGAGAGAGACCGGGCCUGCUCUCAGCCAGAUACCUCAGCCAGCCACUGCCUGGAGAUCUUGGCUCAUGGAAGCGAGAACAAGAUUUUGACCUGCAGCUGCUGGAGCGGGCUGCUCAGGGGGACAGAAAAGACAGAGAAGACGGCUGGCUAAAAGUGCAGGCCACACCUGUCAUGGAGUUGGACCUAGAGCCACAAGACUAUGAUUUGGACAUCAACAGAGAGCUGUCUAAGCCAGAGAAGGUCUCCAUCCCCGAGCGGUACGUGGAACUGGAUCCUGAGGAGCCACCCAGCCUUGAAGAGCUGCAGGCACGGUACCGAAAGGCUGAGAAGAUCCGAAAUAUCCUCGCUCGGUCAAGCAUGUGUAACCUGCAGCCCCCAGGCCAGGACCGCAACAGCCUGGCCGACCUGGACUCGCAGCUGCAGGAACAGGAGCGGAUCAUCAACAUCUCUUACGCCCUGGCCUCAGAGGCCUCUCAGCGCAGCAAGCAGGUAGCAGCCCAGGCAGUAACAGACCCAUGAUUCAGUGUGCAGAGGAGACGCCUGGACCCGGGGGCCCAGCUCAACCAGCAUCUUCCUGAAAUAUUGUCUCCUCUGCCCAGUGGAAACCCGUCCAGCUGAACAGGGGCUCUCGCUGGAGGAGAGAACAGCCCAUCCACCAUGGUGGGUGCAGCAUGGAACAAGGGCUUCGUCCCAAUACAAGCCCAUUGUUUCCAUCCAGAGUCCUUCCUACAGAUGACAGAAGCACUUUUGAUACACGAUGUGAAAUAUACUGUAUUUUAGGAUCAGAAUGUAUUUUAUAUGCUCACCUCUGAGUGGCUGGAAAGGUGAGCCUGCAGGGUUUUGUAGCCACACUUAGGGAUUCAGGUACUAUGGGGGGGCAUAGUGGGUGGGCAGAAGGGCAGGACAGGCAGGGGCCAUUCCCACUGCCCGUGAAGCCAGAGAGAAGGCUGGAUCUGGGGAUGUACUUCCAGAGGCUUGUUACCAUGUUCCCCAGGAAGUGAGGAACAGUUGACUGCCGAGGUCAGUAUUCCUGAGCUGAGGCCCGGCCUUGGAAACUCCACCGGGAUGGCCCAUGGAGCCUGUCUGGGCCUUGGUGCUGACUGAGGAGCAAGCACGCAUGUUCAAAAGCGGUGGCUUCUUCAGCCUGUUAUGAAGCAGUGAUGCCCCCUCAGCAAACAGUUCUCAGAAAAACAAAAGCCACUGUGAAGUGGAAAUGGAUAAUGUGUUGUAGCAAUAAAUUCCACACUGGAUGGUAUCUGCAUACAAAUGCCUAACCUACCACCAUCCCUCCAGCCAGGCAGGACUGAGGGACCUCCUGUGCCUGCUGUGGGAAAACCCAGGACAGCUUCCCUGGGACUGGUGAGGAGGGCAGGCAGAACCAGGGCAUAGGACUUUGACCUGACUCUAGCCCAACUGAUGAAGAGGUGACCAUGCCAGACACCGUGUUCUUGGCCCCACAUUUAACUUGUCUCCUGGUAUUCUGCAUACAGGAAGCAAUGGUUGAAAGAAAACAAACAAAAAACCCCUCCGUUGGGUGGAGCCACAUUUUAAAUGAAAAUUUAUCUUUGACUAUACUUAAAAGAAAAAAAAAUCCUUGAAUAUGUUUAGAAGUUGCUGUCUAUUUUUAACUAACUCCAUAUGCUGCCAGUAUCAACUUCAUGACAUUUGCCAAAAUAAAAUUUUAUUUUUGCCUUUAUAAGAUUUUGUUGGAAAAAAAUGAAAUGAAUAUUUUGCAAGAAAAAGUUAAUUUAAAUAAAAGUGUAAUGGUUUGCAAAAAAAAGAAAGAAAAAGAAGUGAUGUACAGAUUAAAAUAUUAACGUCA